AUGACGACGACGACUUCUUCUUUGAGCGGUGGUAAUUUUGGUGUCGGUCCUGAAGACUAUUCCUUGCUGAAUGAUGCUUCUGCGGGGGGUGAAACUGUCGGUGAAUUUCCAAAGUUCGCUUCUCCGUCGGACGUAAACGACGACGUAAACGUAAACGAAGACGACGAUGAAACGAACCUCAUGCUCCUCGCCUCUCGAGAAAUCGAAAGAUUACGCGAAGAGAACGCAGAAAUAAAACGUUCCGCGCGAGAAAUCGCGAGCAAAUGCGCGAGAAAACUCGAGGAAAUGCGAGAAAGGUUGACACGAAUAACACAAAGAGACAAACAGGAGCGAGAGGACGAGAUGACGCGAAUGCGAACGCAGAUGGAAAAGAUGGAAUUGAAAUGCGAGCAGUUACGAGAAGAGGUGAGGAAACACGAGCUGGAAAAUGCGUUGGAGAAGCAACGUACGGAACAAAACGAGGAGGUAUUGCGAGAGAUGAAGAAGCGGGAAGCGAGCGUCGCGUUGGAUUGCGAGAGGGUGAAGAUGUUGGUGAAGAAAGAGAAGGAGAGGAGGAGGAGGAGGAAAGAAAAGGCUUCCGACGGCGAAUCGUUAUCGGAGAGCGAGGAGAGUAGAAAGAGCGAGUGGUAG